AUGGAAUAUUCAAAUUCAACUUUUGCGUCUAGUUUCAUCCUCCUUGGACUUUCCGAUUCCACACACUUUCAGGCUAUAUAUUUUCUCCUUUUCCUGGUGAUGUAUAUAAUCACACUGUUUGGGAACAUGUUGCUAAUUGUGCUAGUAAGAAUCAGCAAUCAGCUUCAGACACCUAUGUAUUUUUUCCUUAGUACUCUCUCAUUCAUUGAUAUCUGUUUCUCAUCCACUAUAGUUCCUAAAAUUCUGGUGAACACCUUAUCUAAGGACAGAAGCAUUUCUCUUUCAGAAUGCGCAUCUCAAAUGUAUUUCUCUUUGGUUUUAGGAGCCACUGAAUGUAUAAUAUUGGUUUCCAUGGCUUAUGAUAGAUAUGCAGCUAUUUGUAGGCCUUUACUCUACAACAUUAUAAUGAAUAAAAGAUUUUGCCUGGGUCUAAAUGCUGCAUCCUGGGCUGUGGGCUUAAGUAAUGCUGCAAUUCAGGUAUUAUUUACUUUCCAGCUACCUUACUGCAGAUCCCAUCAUGUCAACCACUUUUUCUGUGAGGUACCUCCUUUCUUAAAACUAGCUUGCAGAGAUACUUGGCUCAACGAGCUUUUAUUGUAUAUCUCAGCUGGUAUUAUAGCAGGUUUGGCCUUCUUUCUCACUUUAAUUUCCUAUAUUUACAUAAUCUCCACCAUACUGAAGAUAAAGUCAUCUCAGAGUAGGUAUAAAGCAUUCUCUACAUGUUCCUCCCACCUUACAGUGGUUUCUCUCUAUUUUAGUACCAUUUUGUUCAUGUAUUUGCAUCCACAUUCCAGGUACUCUACUGAGAUUGACAAGACUGUGCCGGUUCUUUACACAACAGUGACCCCAAUGCUGAAUCCAAUUAUCUACAGUAUGAGGAAUAACGAUGUCAAAAGAAUUAUUAAAACAAAAGUGAUCAGGAAAAUAUAUUUCUAA